UUUCAUGUCCAUUUAACAAGAGAAUUUUGGCCACCACAUAGCCUUCUAAAAAAUGGAGAAAUCAAGGUCUUCAGACCAAGUCGUUCUCUUCAUCGACCAACAUAAUCCUAAACCAUCAUCCAUGGAAGCAGAAAAUCAUCAAGAAAAACCCAGACACCCCAUAAAAGUAAAAACCCUUAACCGUCUCAACUUCUCAAAACCCAAAUCCCGAAUCCAAGAGUACAACUAUGUUCCCCGGAACAAGCUUGCAGCCUCUAAAGAAGAAGAAGAUGACAUUAUCCAACCCACCUUCAAGCUCACUUCCAACGAAGAAGACGACGACGAAGAUGACUGGAAAUGGGACAAGGAAGAGAUGGAAGAGGAUGGCUCAGAGCAUAGCACAAAAUUGCACCAGAAGAAGAAGUUCAGAGUCAAGUGGAGGCUCCUGAUGGAGUGGGCUUUGUUCCUCAAUAUAUUGUCAUCCUUGGUGUGUUCUUUGACCAUAUCUUCCAUAACCAACAUGCACGUACUGGGAUUGGAGAUUUGGAGGUGGUGUGUCAUGGCAAUGGUUACAUUCAGUGGUCGUCUGGUUUCAGGGUGGCUAGUUGGUGUGAUAGUGUUCUUCCUUGAACGAAACUUCAUGCUAAGGGAUAAGGUGCUGUACUUCAUCUACGGGCUUAGGAAGAGCAUAAGAAACUGUUUGUGGCUAGGCCUUGUGUUACUCUCCUACUGGAGCCUGGUAUUCGACGAUGUCCAGAAGAAGAACCACAAGUUUCUGAACAAGAUGUUUCAGGCGUUGGUGGCAGUUCUGGUGGGCGCAACCAUUUGGCUGGUGAAGAUCGUGCUGGUGAAGAUGCUGGCUUCUUCGUUCCACGUGACCACGUACUUUGACAGAAUGAAGGAGAGUGUUUUCCACCACUACAUUUUGGAUACUUUGUCGGGUCCGCCGAUGCAAGACGCGGAGGAGAUAUUGCGGCAGCACCACCUGACGGGGUCGAAGUCGAUGCCUGCGAGGAUGAAGAUGAAGGAGGCGAAGAACUUGUACAAGUCGAAGAGAUUUGGGUCGAGGAAGAUCGACAUGGAGAAGCUGAGAGAGCUCAGCAUGGAGAGCCCUUCGUCUGCAUGGAGUGUGAAGAGACUUGUUAACUAUGUCAGAUCUUCUGGCUUGUCCACCAUUUCCAGAACUGUGGAUGAUUUUGGCAAUGCCGAGUCUGAGAUCAAUAGUGAGUGGGAAGCUAGAAACUGUGCUCAGAGGAUUUUCAAGAACGUUGCCAAGCCUGAUGCCAAGUAUAUUGAAGAAGAUGAUCUGAUGAGAUUUUUGAAGAGGGUUGAGAUACACACCAUAUUUCCACUCUUUGAAGGUGCUCUUGAAACAGGACAGAUAAGCAGGUCUUCAUUCAGAAAUUGGGUGAUUCGAGCAUAUUAUGAACGAAAAGCCCUAGCACAGUCACUGAAUGAUACGAAAACAGCAGUGCAACAGCUUCACAAAAUAGCAAGUGCAAUUGUCAGUGUGAUAAUAAUCAUUGUGAUGCUUUUGGUGAUGGAGGUGGCCACUCUCAAGAUAAUAUUGUUCUGCAUAACACAAACAGUUCUCAUAGGUGUUGCCUUCCAAGGUACCUGCAAGACUGUGCUGGAAGCCAUAAUCUUUGUCUUUGUCAUGCACCCUUUUGAUAUUGGAGACCGAUGCGUCAUUGAUGGAGUUCAUAUGAUCGUAGAAGAGAUGAAUAUCUUGACAACAGUGUUUCUUCGAUAUGACAACGAGAAAAUUUACUACCCUAAUGCAGUUUUGCUCUCUAAGCCAAUAAGCAACUUCUAUAGGAGUCCAGAUAUGAGUGAUGCAAUUGAUUUCACCAUCGAUGUUUCAACUUCCAUGGAGACCAUCCUUGCCCUCAAGAAAUCAAUACAGAUGUACAUUGAGAGCAAACCCAAGUAUUGGAAUCCAAAAUACAGUUUGAUAGCCAAAGGAAUAGAGAAUGUGGACAAGCUAAAGUUUGCGCUAUGUGUGCAACACACUAUCAACCAUCAGAACUAUGGUGAGAGAAACGUUAGGAUAACUGAGCUUCUCUUGGAACUGAAGAGGAUCUUUGAGAUCCAUGGUGUGAAGUAUCAUCUUCUUCCUCAGGAGAUUCAGAUCACCCAUAUGAAUAUUGAACAUGGCAAAGUUCUGUUUCAAUCAUGAACGACAUUCCAUCGUUAUGCAUUUACCAUGUAUUACUACCCCACCAAUAUCACUUGUUAAUUACUUAUUUGCUUUCAAACAUCAAUUCUACUAUAUGCUCUAAUUGCACUA